ACGGAGCAUGUACGUAGAUUUGUUUUACUUUAAUAAGUGUAGGUAUUAUUAACCUAUCCCGAGUGAUAUUAGAUUAAUCAACGUUGCGUUCGCGAUGACAGAUAGGAAAUAAUUAUGUAGCAUGGGCUAUUCAGGUUUACGACUCAAAGUCGACAGAGGGCGCUGCGAAUAGUUUGUUUUGAGAUGAUAGAGAACACAUUGGAUGACAGAAUUUGGCGGCGAGAUUAAAUAAAAUGAAGGGCCAAGAACGAAUAAUUUUAUCUUUUUCGGCAUUGCCAAUCUCCAUUCUAAACGAAGAAUGGGUUAAAAAUGUUUGGGAAGCAGAUUUUACAGAUUUGAAUGAUAUUCCAGUUGAGACUUUAUCUGCUAUCAAAAAUAACAGAUACAAUGUUAAAGAACUUGAAGCAUGUUGUAGUGUUUUAAAGCAGGAAAAAGAAGGUGGUCUGUGGACAAUUCUUGUUGAGAAUGAUAUCUCUCUUAAAUCACUGGUUGUAUUAAUGGUUUAUCUUCUGGAAACUGGAAGCAAGCUGACUUCUAGUUAUCCCAUGAAAGAAGCAUCUGUACUAGCAGCAUCUCUUUAUAUAAAACUGUUAACAGUACCAGGGAGUGGUGCAUUUAAGCUUUUUCAUCCAGAAAUUAUUGUAAAAUGUGUUGAAGAGUUGAAAUUAUUUGGCAAACUUAGUUCCACGAAAAGAAAAGCUAGUUCAGCACACAAUGCAAGCAAUAGAAAAAAAAGUACUUCUCAUUCUCGUAGUAAAAGAAAAAAAAGGACCGAAGAAGCAGAGGAUGUGCAGGAGGAUGAUAUUAGAGAAUCUUUGGGUGGUGACGAUGAUGAAGAUAAUGAAGAGGAAGAAAUGACACCAUCUCAAUGUAACAGAAUGUUAAAAUUAUUAACAAAUCUACUUCAGGAUUUAACAAUGUUUUUUGAAGUAUUUUCAUUUAAAAAAUCUGAAUCGACAGUACACAGAUUGUUACCACAUAUUAUACACUUAACAAAAUACCAAUCUACUAAUAGUCAUGUAGAUUUCGACAAUUGGCCAUCAUUAGAAGACAUGUCAGUGUCAUGUUUAGCUUACAGGUGUUUAAACUUCAUGUGCUGCACUCCAAGUCUAAAUAUUCCUAUAAUUAAUUCAGUGUGUAAAUGUCUACUACCAAAUUUACUAAUGUUAGGAAAAUCUGUUGUUAGAGCAGACACACUUGUUGUUGAUGUAACUGUAAAUUUUAUAAGAUAUCUUAUGAAAACUUAUGGUGAACAAACAAUACCAGUUAUAUCAACAUUAAUACAACAUAUGUGUACUAAAGUUCCUGAUAAAGCUGAUUUCAGAACUACUGUUGCACAGGCCAUAGUAUCAUUGUUACAAGAUUUUCCACCACAUUCAUAUGCUAAAUUACUGGAAUGGCUUUUUCAACUAUCUCAGCAUGCUAAGAUAAAUCACAGAACAUUUUCCUUAGAAGUUAUUACUCUACUAUUAGGUAGAAAAGAACCAGACUCGAUGUGUGAUUUGUCAGACGAGUCACAGAUAUUUACUAAACAUAAAUCUUUAAUGGGAGUAGUAUUGGCUAGAUGUUCGGACUUAUCACCAUCAGUACGAGCGAAAGCUAUUCUGGGAUUUUCUCAGUGUUUUGUGUCAUCUAAUACGGAUGUUGUGUCGGCUAUGAAAAACAUUGUUACACCUAGGACUGCUGCUGUACGCUCUAAAACGCAUGGUCGCAUUAUUCCUACACCAGAUGUAGAUUGUAGAACCGAAGCACGGACAUCGACAGAUCCAACAAUGAGUAAAGAAGGAACACCAGAAUCAUCUAUACAGACAAUUAGUACAUCAGCAGAUACUAUAGCCACAGAAAUUCAAAACUCAGAAUCAACUAAUUCUGUUUUCUCUCAACCACGCAAUCAAACUGUACCAUUUACACCUUUUGUUGGUGUUCAUUUAACACCAGGCUUUAAUCCAGAUUUAACAGAUAAUGAAGGUGUAAUAUCCAUGUUAAGAAGAAGAUCUGGUGAUGAUAAUGCUGGAGUGAGGAAAGCAGCAGUAAAAGCUCUACAGAAUAUUAUAUUAUUUGAAAAACCUAAUUUCAGACAAGAGAAUUUAACUACUUUGAAAGAGAGAUGCUGUGAUCCAUCAUUAUCAGUACGUAAACAAGCUAUACAAAGCUUAACAGACAUAUUACAUAAUAUGCCAUCAAAUAAAGAUGUACAGAGAGCCUGGUUAGAUGGAGCUUUACCAUUGAUUAUGGACAGAGAAAAUACAUUACAAGAAAAAUGUUCCGAACUGGUAGAAGAUGUUAUUUUUGGAAAUUUAACAACUUAUCCAAAAUCUACAGAUGAAGGACAUCGAUUACUGUGGGGUUUGUUGGCUACUCUAUCAGAAAAUGAACAGGCAGAUUUAAGACGAUAUCUACAGUUGGCAUGUCAGACACUUUCUAGACUACAGAAGAUAAAACUGAAUCAUAUAAACAGUUUAUUAACUCAUGUCGAUACAGAAAACAACAAGGGAGCUUGGUUGUUGCUAUAUAUUAUAGCACAAUUUGUAUCUAAGAUGAAUCCUCAAUUUGUUAUAAGUUAUUGGGAGAAACAUUCACAGACGUUGUCAGAGUUAGAAGAAGAUACGUUUGAGAGAGUUUUAAAUGUUAUAUCUUAUACAUCUGAUCAACUAACAUCUACCAAUAGAAUCAAUAUGAUUGAUGAUUUAAAAGGUCGAUUAAAGAAGUUUGAAUUACCACCUGGGCUCAUAGCAGUAAUAGUUAAAACAUUGUCAAAGUUGUGUGAAAGCCAAUCGAAAUCUGAAGAUGAAGAUAGUCGAAGUCAGAGAGAAACAUGGGGAGUUGAUUUAUUGAUGGAUUGUGAUGAAUAUCUUAGUCGUGUUAUAUUUGAAGAAAAAUUAGAGGGUGAUGUAGAUGAAAAUAAGAUUAUAUGUUAUCUAGUAACUAUUGGUGAAAUUGUACAACUUUGUCCUGCUAAAACACCUCAACGUAUUUAUUUACUUGUUCAAAGCAUUAUUGCUGGUAGAGACCUACCUCAAGAACAAAACUCACAAUUAACAAAUUCAUCACAGACAUCAGAAGGGGAAGCUCCCAUCCCAUCAACUCAACCAUUUUCCCAGUUUAGAGGUGUUACAUCAUCAAACAGAGUCCGAACUUUUGCUUUCACAACAUUGGGUAAAUUAUUACUACAGAAUGAGAAGUUAGCUAAGAAAUGUAUACCAGCUUUAGCUCGUGAACUAGAGACAUGUACAGAUGUUAUAUUAAGAAAUAAUAUUGUUAUUAUUAUGUGUGAUUUAUGUAUCAGAUAUACAACUGUUAUUGAUAAUUACGUACCAAACAUUGCCGUUUGUCUUAAAGAUAGAUCACCAUUAAUACGAAAACAAACGUUAACACUUUUAACACGACUAUUACAGGAAGACUUUAUCAAAUGGAAAGGUGUUCUAUUCUACAGAUUUAUCACAACAUUACUGGAUGAAAAUGUGGAUAUCAAAGACUUUGCUGCUUUCUGUAUGACCAAUGUUUUAUUACAAAGACAACCUACCAUGUUCUUCAGCCAUUUUAUUGAAUGUUUAUUCCAUUUUAAUGGCUAUACAGCUAGUGCUGUUUACAAUAAGUUUGCCCAGUCUGAGAGGGAGAAAACAUUAUUUAAUUUAAAAGGUGAUCAGGCUGCUGGUAAAAGACUUGAACUGUAUUUAUUUAUGUUAGAACAUACCAGUGAUCAACACAAAUUUCAGCUAACAUCUAAACUAUGUCAAGAUAUAUUGGGUGCUGUUGUAGAUAAUAUUUUACCACUUGAUAAGGAUACUAUUCCUCUUUUAAAAGAUGCACUGGCUAUAUUAAGUAGUAAGGAAAUAAAAAUAUCUAGUAUAAAGAAUAAACCUGGUGGAGUAGAAGAUGAAGAACAAGAUAUGGCCGCUGUUGUCUUGGCAACUGCUAAAAAGCAGCUUAUUACACAGGUGGUCAAGAAGAAUGUUAUAGAAAAUAUAGUACCCAUUGUUACAUCACUCAAAUACAUUCUAGAAAAAGAGAAAUCACCAGUUUUAAAAGAUCUAAUGGUGUAUUUACAAGUGUUGAUGAAAGAUUUUAGAGAAGAGAUUGUUGAGAUUUUAACUGGAGAUAAACAAUUAUUAAAAGAAAUAGAGUUUGAUAUUAGAAAGUUUGAAGAACAACAAACACCAGUAGUACAACCUACCACAACUAGUAAAAUAACACCACAGGACAGACAACCAGAUCAAGUUACACCACAAGGUGUUAGAAUAAAUAACACAUCUAUACAGAAAACACCACCAGUGUUGCAAAUGUGUCAAGGUACUCCUAAGAUGAACAAACCUAAUGGGUCGAAACCAUUGCUGUCAGCAGCUAUAUUUAAUUCUGCUAAGAAAAAUAUAGAACGCUUACAGCAAGUUAAAACUGCUAGAAAUUCACCAGCUUCUAAAGAGAGACGAAAAUCUGGUGUAACAUGGGCUGAUGAAAAUUCUAAAGAUAACAGUAGUCCUCAAACACAGGAAAUGUCUGACAGUAAUAACAAGACACCAACAACCAAUAGAUCAACUAGAUCUCGAGCUAUUAGUACACCAGCAGGUGCAUUGGGAAAUAUAACAUUUGCUAUUGAUCAGAAUGUAACAUUGAUACCACCUUCACCUAUUCCAUUAGGUGAUGAUUCAGAUCUGGCCAAUGAAAAGCGACCUAAUUUUGAUGAUGAUGUUGUAUUUUUACUUUCACCAGAAAGACCAUUACCCAAACCAAAAAAGUGGAAUAUUCAAGCAGUUAAACUUGAACCAUCUAAUUGAAAUGUGUUAAAGACAGAUGGCGAUAUUUUUGUAUAAUUUUUGUAUAUACUUGUAGUAUAGAAAAGAUUAUAUCUUGUUUAUGAAUCAUGUAAAAAAUUACUUUGAUAUUUAAUAUUAUUAUAUUGUGAAAAAAUACUAUAUUAUCUUCUAUUAUUAUAAAAGCAAGAAACCAAAAUUUUGUACAUCUUUGUUUUUUGGAAGUUGCCGGUGAUUUUUGGUAUGUUUUCAUGCAACUAUAGAAGUUUCAAAUAUGUGAUAUGUACAAAGACCUAUCAUCUAGAUAAAACAAAAUAUAAUUUGAAUGUUUUCUUGAAAUCUUCCCUUAAAGACCAAGUAUGUAAAUAUGAAAAUAACAAUGCAUUCGGGAAAGGUAUCUGAUAAACUAUUAGUGCAAAUAUUGUUUCAAUUUCGGGAUUUUCUCUUUACAUAUUUCUUGUUUAAAAGAUAGAUUUUGGAAGAUCAGGCUUGUUUUUUAAUUCUGGUCAAUAUUUAACAAAAUAUACUUUUCAAACUUUUGGGAAUAAAUGGCAAAAAACAAAAUGCAGAUAAUAAAAAGGGCAUAUAAAAAAAUCAAUUCAUCAAAUACUGAGUAUGUAUCCAUUAUAGAAUUGUAAACAGUUGGAGUUACAUGUUAUCUAGUUAUUGGUUUUAAGUUUGUAAUGAUAAAUAGAUAUAUUUGAAAGAUUUUUAUGGUGUGGAAAAAGUUUACCUAAAAUACAACCAAUGAAUCAUUAAUUUUUUUAUAUGCCCACAUUGAAAUGCGCUUAUUUGUCACCUAUGUUGGAUGGAUGUUACAGAGGCUAAAGUCGUCAUCAAAAUGAUUUAAAGAUACGUUCCCAGAAAAGUAUUUAUCGGGUGGUUAUUUCCAAUAAAAGUAUGGCAAUAACACUCAUGGAGUGUAUACAGGACAAAAAUGCCUGCUCGCGUGACGUCAAAGGUUGCAUGCGGAGAUUGAGCGCUUGAUGUACAUGUUGAUAAACUUUAUGAAGAGUUAGAGUACAACACUUUCUGAGAUACAAAUCACGGAAAAAGGCGUGGGCAGUGGAUAAUCCGAGAAUUUAAUUACACUUCGAUAUUUAUGAUAAAUGGAUAGCGAUUAACGACAACACCGUCUUGUGUAUGCAAUGAAUUCACCUCCGACUUCGCAUCCGUUGCUCGGUAGUUCGUCACGUGACACAAACAUGACCUCCUUUAAUAGAUUUUUUAUAGCAGGGGUAUUCCCUCACCUAAACAGUGUUUUGAGAAGGAUUUGUAGCAAAAUUUUGAAUGUGUUUUUGGUCCAAAUACAUCGUCAAAUCACGCAGUUUGUACAGGAACGUAAUCUUUAAAAUUUAUACACUGUUUAUGUUGAUGAGAUGAUGAAGCCUUUUACUGUUAACAAUAUCCUAUUAUUACUCUCAGAGUUAUGGCCCUUGAUCAAUUUGAAAAAUCUUUUGGGUGCUUUAGAGGCAAAA